UGAUGGGCCGCAGCUUGUAAUCCACCUUCAUUAGACCCAAUUAUCUAUUUAAGUCUUAAACUGGAUUUAGGAAAGAUUGCCGACAAUUUUUAUAUACUGUUUGACGUUCCAUGAAGAAGGAGGGUGGACGUGUAUGGAUACAGACAUGCAAUAACCAUUCACCAUGGUUCAUAAAAGUAAAUCUUUUUGGAUUGGAAAUUUCAAGGACUAUUCCAUUAAUAUCAAUGUUGGAGGACUGAAGAAGAAAAUCAGCUCCAUCACACUAUCACAGUUCCCGGACACUAGGCUUGGACGUUUACUAUUUUGUGACUCUGAAGAAUCCAUCCUACAAAUCUGUGAUGACUACGACUUGGCAUCUAAAGAGUUUUACUUUGACCGAAAUCCAGGUCUUUUUCCAUACGUCUUGUACUUUUAUGAAACUGGUAAACUGCACAUGAUGGAUGACCUAUGUGCCUUCUCCUUCUCCCAGGAAAUAGAAUAUUGGGGGAUCAGUGAGUUUUUUCUAGACUCUUGCUGCAGUUAUCGAUACCAUGAACGUAAGUUAGAAAGCAGAAGACGUAACUGGGAUGAAGAGAGUGAGGUGAGCAGUGUGGACACAUCUGUAGAUGAGAUUUCUGACUUUAACCAUGACCUCAUGCGUUUCAACACUUUACAAUGCGGCAACUUGCGCAAAAGGCUUUGGCUAACUACGGAAAAUCCUGGCUAUUCCAUUCCCAGCAAGAUUUUCAGUUUUAUUUCUAUCUGCGUAGUUCUCCUCUCAAUAUCUACCAUGUGUAUCAACAGCAUGCCAGAAUAUCAAAACCUAGAUGAGGAUGAUGUUCCCAUUGACGAUCCAAUCCUUCACAACCUGGAAUAUUUCUGUAUCUCUUGGUUUACAUUUGAAGUAUCUUCUAGGCUGCUCCUUGCUCCCAACCUCAAGAAGUUCUUUAAACAUCCAUUAAACUUAAUAGACAUAGUUUCUGUUCUUCCAUUCUACUUCACUCUUUUGGUAGAUCUGACCAUUGGCAGUGAUCACGAAUUAGAUAAUGUGGGGAAGGUCGUUCAAGUGUUUCGACUAAUGAGGAUUUUUCGAGUAUUAAAAUUGGCGAGACAUUCAACUGGCCUUCGAUCACUUGGAGCUACACUUAAGCACAGCUACAGAGAAGUGGGCAUCCUACUGCUUUAUCUGGCUGUUGGUGUCUCCGUCUUUUCUGGAAUGGCAUACACGGCAGAGAAGGAUGAAGACACAGGGUUUGACACAAUCCCUUCUUGUUGGUGGUGGGGGACAGUAAGUAUGACCACUGUAGGCUAUGGUGAUGUUGUACCCGCCACCGUAGCUGGAAAACUAGCGGCUUCUGGUUGCAUCUUGGGUGGAAUAUUAGUUGUGGCAUUACCAAUAACCAUCAUAUUCAACAAAUUUUCACACUUCUACCGAAGACAGAAAGCUCUGGAGAAUGCUGUGAGAAACAGUGACAGGAGGCCGAGCAAAGAACCCAGUGUGGAUGGAGAAAAAGAAUCAGAGAAUUUUACUGAACUGUAGGAAAUACAGAGAGAACUACCAUAUAUUUUCUGUGACUAUGCAUGUACAUACAUACACUAUGCGAUAAACAAAUUUAUAUUUACCCUGCAAGUGUCUCUCACACUGAAGCAUUAUGAUACUAGCACAAUGCAAGAAGAUUUUUUUCCUUUGGGACAGAGGUCUUUUAUUUACAGAGGAAACAUAAAAUAAUAAAAUAAAAAAUGACACCCCAAAACCGACAAUGUGGUAUGGUCUGCGUUACAAAUGUCAGCUUGUUGUGCAUUGAUGUGCAUGUUGGCCAAUAGGAAAUUAUAAAAUGCCAUACAAACACCAUAUUUUUUGUAGUGGCGUUCUAAGACCGUUUCCAAGCAUUUUUUUCAACCCUUUUGCUUAAAAAAAUAGUCUGAAAAGCAAGAAAAACAUUGUUCCUACAACAAAAAAAAAACACCCUCAAAAAACACUUGUAAGGGUGGUAUCAAAGGGUGACCUUUUUUAAGUGUUCUGCCUUUUUUACUGGUGUUAUAUUUUAGGCAAAACGCCAGCUUCAGUUCUUACAUAGAAGUCUAUGGGAAUUAUUAAACGCAGCAUAUACCGGUAUGUAUUUUGCUGUAGUGGUGUUUUUUGACAGGAAGUACAUUUUUGAAAUCACACCAUGCUAUGGCAUUGUUUCCUUCAUUUUCUGACAUUUUUGUCCCACAGAUAUCUAUUGGUUUUUGCGUUUUUCAGUGACAUUUUUGUUUAGAUUUUUAAUCAAUGCAUUUU